GGCCGGGGGCGGGGCCCGCGGGGCAUUGUGGGUCCCCCGCUCUCUCCGCCGCUCGCCAUGUCGGGCUCCCCGGUGAAGCGGCAGAGGAUGGAGAACGCGCUGGACCAGCUCAAGCAGUUCACCACCGUGGUGGCCGACACGGGCGACUUCCACGCCAUCGACGAGUACAAGCCCCAGGAUGCCACCACCAACCCGUCCCUGAUCCUGGCCGCCGCACAGAUGCCAGCCUACCAGGAGCUGGUGGAGGAGGCCAUUGCUUACGGCAGGAAGCUGGGCGGGUCACAAGAGGAACAGAUUACAAAUGCUAUUGAUAAACUUUUUGUGUUGUUUGGGGCAGAAAUACUGAAGAAAAUUCCAGGCCGCGUAUCCACGGAAGUGGACGCCAGGCUCUCCUUUGAUAAGGAUGCAAUGGUGGCCCGCGCCCGGCGCCUCAUCGAGCUGUACAAGGAGGCUGGCAUCAGCAAGGAGCGGAUCCUGAUAAAGCUCUCGUCCACCUGGGAAGGAAUUCAGGCCGGAAAGGAGCUGGAGGAGCGGCACGGCAUCCGGUGCAACAUGACGCUGCUCUUCUCCUUCGCCCAGGCCGUGGCCUGCGCCGAGGCUGGCGUGACGCUCAUCUCGCCCUUCGUGGGCCGCAUCCUUGACUGGCACGUGGCCAACACGGACAAGAAGUCCUACGAGCCCCAGGAGGACCCCGGAGUGAGGAGCGUCACCAAGAUCUACAACUAUUACAAGAAGUUCGGCUACAAAACCAUCGUCAUGGGCGCCUCCUUCCGCAACACGGGCGAGAUCAAGGCCCUGGCUGGCUGCGACUUCCUCACCAUCUCGCCCCAGCUCCUGGGGGAGCUGGUCAAGGACCACAGCAAGCUGGCGCCUGCGCUCUCGGCCAAAGCAGCCCAGGCCAGUGACCUGGAGAAGAUCGAGCUGGACGAGAAGGCCUUCCGCUGGCUGCACAACGAGGACCGCAUGGCUGUGGAGAAGCUCUCUGACGGGAUCCGCAGGUUCGCCGCGGACGCGGUGAAGCUGGAGCGGAUGUUGAGGGAACGGAUGUUCAGCGCAGAGAAUGGAAAAUAGCGCGGCACUCGAGGCUGGACCACGGAUCUGUGCGUCUCUGAAUUGGCGCCUAAUUGCACAUGCUUUUAUGAUGAAUCUUGGGUUUUUUUUUUACUAAUUGGAGCGGGACGAAUCAUAGAUUUCUGAUUUAUGUGAAAAUCUGCUCAGCCGCAUUAAAGCCCUCACUUUUC